AUGCGCCUCGUUCGCGCACUUCUGCUGCCUGGUAUCUUUGUUUACGUGUCUCACGUAGACCUGCUUCAGGUCCGUGCGCUACGCAGAAGCGAAACCGAAGUUUCUGAAGGAAGCGCUCUUCGUUCCGGCACUGCAGCGGUUGUUAGUGACGACGAAAGAGCGGCUACUGGUUGGACGCAGAAGCUGACGAAUCUGUUUUCGACGGCUAAGAGCAGGAAGGCCAAAGCUGCACAAAAAGCAAACGACGAGGACGACAAGCUUUUUAAGCUCAAAACAGAAUACCUGGACAUUCUGUAUAAAUUGUUACUUGAUGAGAGAGCGAAAAAGAGUCAAACCAUUGCAUCUUUCGUUGGCAGCGAAGAGUUUAAUUUGAUGCUAAGAGCAAUCCGCCAAGCUGACGAGAGUCUCCGCGAAACGAAGCAUAAAAUUGUUCCGUCCGAAUAUUUUAUCAGCAAGUUCACACCUGAUGACAUGAAUACGGUGCUCAAGCCAAAUGGUAAGCGCAGCGAGAUGGGUGAGGAACUCAAGAUAGCUAUUUGGUCGCAUUUAAAUUCGAAUAACCUGCGGAAGAAUGAGAAAAGCAAGACUAGGUUGAGAAUAUCGAGUAUUAUGUGA